UCACUCAAACAUUCAAACACUUUGGAAAAUUUUGUGAACAACAGUAUAAGUUGAAGUUGAAACUGAACGAAUUUGAAGUUUAAGAAUCACUGCAGAUAUUCUGUGAGCCAACUUACAAUUGAAAUUCGACGACUAUCGCAGACUACAAAUUACUUCGAAUCAGUUAACACUCGGAAGACUUCUAAUAGUUUGUGGUCGACGAGAAGUUUGCAUUUUGGCUUGGUUACAAGAAUUAAAGACAAAAAAAAAAUAAUGGCGGCGUCGCAAAAAAACAUUGUGGGUGAAGAAGAUAUAGUACUAUCAGGUGAGGAUAUUAAAGAAAUGACAGAAAACACGCGUUCAUUCUCCUUGGCUUUACGAGCCCUUUAUACACACAAAGUUCUUGAUGAUAAAAGUGAUGCCGCAAUAAAGUUCAAAGAUGUUCGAGACGAGACAGCACAGCAUGCAAACGUGUAUGCGAAACACGUCAUUCCUGAAACGACAAAUUUUAUAAGGUCUCUUAAAGAUUACUUCGUGAAUUACACCGUUCCAUUUGACGAUUGGAGCAAAAUGUUACCAUCUAUUUUAAUUGAAACGGAGGCUCUGAUAACCGAUGUGGAGAAACUGUUAGAUUUGUACCACAAUAUCAUGGUUCCGUUAAAAAAAUGUGAAGAUAAGGCACGUGUGAUUUCGGCAGAGUUCCAUAUUUUACAAACGAAGUAUGAAGAGGAAUGUAAGAAAUACGAAAGAGAGGCAGACAAAAUAAAAAACAAGUAUAGUUUCCAAAUCUUAAAUCGUAUCACGUAUCCUUUCCGUACACAGUCUGUUGAAGCAAAGAUGGAUUUGGCACAAAAAGCGAAAGCUCGUUCAAAACCACACAAAAACGCAGCAGAAAUUGUGGAUAAAACCUUUAUUUCUAAGCUUCAAAAAUUUAUUGCAAGCUUGGAAAAUAUAUCAGGUUUCUUUACAGUCACUAAACAAGAUUUAAUAUCGUUCAAAGAUACUCAAAAGCCGGAAAAUAGAAAAAAAAUGAAACAGCAUUAUGACAAUAUGAAUCACGGAGCCAGUGGUAUAAAAGCUGCGUGUAAUAUAUUCUUUUCAUCACUCCCAGCCGUUACCACCAACUUUGAUGCACUUCCUAUUCAAGGUUCUGCACAACGACAAUCACAAUAUGUUACUCUGGAAAUGCAGCCAUCAGAAAUACCGCCACAACCAAAAUAUGUUUUACUGAAAUUAAGCCUACCAGAAAAUCCAUAAGAACUAAAACAAGUUGUACUGGAAAUAAAAAAAUCAGAAAUUCCACCACCAAAAAAACAUAUUAUAUUGGAAUUAAAACAACCAAAAACACCAGUAAAACCAAGUCUUGUUACAGUGGAAAUAAAACAAUCAGUAAUUCCACCACCAAAACAUGUUAUACUGGAAAUAAAACAAUCAGAAACAGCAGCACCACCAAAACCUUUUGUACUGGAAAUUGGACCAUAAGCAAAGCUAGCAUAACCAGAACUUUUUCUACUAGAAAUAAAAGAACCAAACAAAGAUGCAAACACUACCAGAACACGAUCAAUAAGAAAAAACCCACCAGAAAUAUGACAUGACUUUUUGUUUAAAAAUUCACAAAUUCCGAACAAAAUCUAGAAGAUCAUCAUAUAAUUAAAUAUUUAUAUAAUUAAAUACUUCUACAAGGAACCAACUGGAAUUCAAACGAGCUAGAUAGGUACCAAGAUGAUUAUAUGAUAUGUAUGAUUGUAAAAUAUAAUCUUGGAUUUAUAUAUUAGAAUUUAAAUGAGAAUAGAGUAAUGACAAGAGCACAAAUAUACACACAAGGGCGUAUGAAGGGAGGGAUGUGACAAUUAACAAAAUUUAUAAUAAAAUUUG